CCCUGCUCUCACCCCUUCCCGCCUGCAUCUCCUCCUCCGCCAGACUCUUCACCCCUCCACGCGGCGGCGGCGGCGGCCCCCUUCGGCGGCCCGGCGAUGUACGCCGCGGCCGCCGUGGCCGCGGUUGGUGCCCGCAGCAUCUUCACGUACAACCGGGGCAACUUCAUGUACGACAGGAAGAUGCGGCAGAAGCAGGAGUUCAGCGUGCUGAAGUUCCGCACCAUGCAGGCGGACCUGUGGCGGGAGGACGUCCGGACGCUCGUGGAGCUGACCGUCGGCAAGAUGGACUCCUACACCAUCGUGUCCGCGCUCCUCUUCGAGUUCUGCGGGGAGCUCUUCGGGCCGGGGCACCUCGACCCGGGGACGCCGCAGUGGCUGCUGUGGCUGUACAUGCUGGCGCUGUCGGGGGCCUUCGUCUACUUCUUCCUCGGCGUCUUCUUUGCGAUGCAUGCCUCGGUGGCCGCCUCGGCCGGCUCCGCGCGGCUGCUCACGCAGCUGGUGAGGCUGCCGGUGCCCAGUUGGUACCAGCUGGAGGGGAUGCGGACCUACGGCGAUUCCGUGGAGGCCCUGGGCGCCAGCAGCCUACUGCGUAUCCCCUUCGUCUCGCCCGCCGCACCCCAACGCCCGCAGCCCCGCGCGCGGGGACGCCCUCGGGCGCGGCGAGGACCCAGACCCACCGCGGGAAACCCGCCGGGCGGUGGUCCGCAGAGCGUCGACCCGUGGGACCUCGAGGCGGACGGGAGGCACGUGUACGAGCUGCAGCAGAGGCCCACGGGGGAGCUGCGCCACGUGGACCUCGUCCGGCGAGCCGCGGCCACGUGGCAGGGCUUCGAGGCGUUCACCCGCGUGUGCAUGACCAUGGGCACGAUCCAACUGCUUUACGCAGUCUCCUACUACGUCAUCGGGUACGUCCUGGUCCAGGACGGAGAGGUCUACGGUGCAUUGUUUGUCGCUGCGAUUAUGACUUGCAGCAUCGCUGUGAUCGUCCGGCUGGACGUGUCUCUCACGGCAGAAGAGUUCUAUGUCGUCAUGGCGUUGGCCUUCUCUGGCCCCCUGUCUGCCUUAAUCGCGGGGUAUUGGUGGUGCAAGUACGAGGCACAGUUGUCUGUGUGCGCGCUCAUGAUAUUGCCCCUGUCGUUCGCUGCCCACGGGGGGCUCCUUGCCUACGUGCUCCAGAUCAUGAGCAUACAGGAGCAGCCAAACCGCACCCUGCUGCCCAUGCGGUGGCGGACGGUGCUCUAUCUUGACGUCUUCGGUUGGCUGGCUUCGGACUCGGCGCCGGAUGGCCCGAGGGAGGCCGGGGGCUACGAGAAGGCGUUCCGGCGCGCCGACGACGGCGCUUACGUGCCAGCUGGUGAGCCCGACGCUGGCAGCCUGUGCAGCGAGCAGCGCGCGCAGGACGACGACGAGGACACGGACGCGAGAUCGGUGGACGAGCACGUGGGAGCGGCCAGCGGCAGCAGCCUCGAGGGCGAUGCUCCCUGGAGCUCCGUGCCCGAGUUCGACAUCGGCAGCCCGCCCCGGCCAGUGCGGCCCGAGAGCAGGGGGCCUCUCUCGCCCCGCACGCAGCACAGCAUGUCCCACUGCACCAGACACGUCAGCGAGCACGUGGAGGGCGUCGGCGCCCCGGGCGCCGUCCACGACGCCCACGGCGAGGCGUUCGACGCGGACACCUACUUCCCGGCACAGAAUGUGAAGAGUAGCCAGGAGCAGGACGAGGCCGUGACUGGGCACGACAAUUUUCGCGGCAUGGCCCCCUGGUUCGUCUUCAGAAGCAUCACGCGGCUGCUGGCCUUCUUGUAUUUUUUGGGAAUGUUUUGGUGCUUGGGGCGGGUGUGCGGCUUCCCCGACUUCCACCUGCCGCCGCUGCCCUUCAAGGUGCUGCUCAAGGAGCCCACCCAUGAGGGCGCGGCGGAGGACCGCGGCUCCCAGGACCAAGCCGAGGAGUCGCAGCAGCAGCUGGGCGAGGACAGCGACCCGCUGCAGGUGCACGAGGCACCUCGCAGGCUCUUGCAGCUGCCCCAGGGGGAGCGCCUGGACGUGCAGUGGCCGCGCGGCGAGCUCGGCUCUCCGCCACGCGCGCUGAGCUGCGACGCCAGUGGGCAGUACCUGGCGGUGGCCGACGGAUUUGGGGUCUACUCCGCACGGCUCGCGGAGCAGGAGCUUGUGGCACCCAACGCGUCCGCGAGGUUCAUCUCACGAUUCGCUCAGGCACCCGCCUGCUCGGCGCUGGACGGCCAGUCGCCACGAGACGUGAGCAUCGUGUGCGCCAACGCUGACGAGCGGCAUGGUCCUCCGCAACACUGCGCCGCGGUGGUGAUGUACGCGGACGGUGGGGCCUCGCUCGUGGAGUGCCCCUUACCCGGAGCACCGGGCAGCCGCGAGCGGCGCGAGCAGUUGGGCCCCAAGGCUACGGGCCACGACACCACCAGUGCCGCAGGAUUGGCCUGGCGUGUCCCCGCAGGCUGGCUGGACGAAGCCACCAGUGAGCAGAUAGAGUCGUUCGCUGUGGACAGCAGGUGUGCGGCCGCCCGCGGCGACUCGGUGACGUUCUCUCCAGGCUUGCCUGGCUGUGUGCUGGUCAGCACCUCCAGGGGAAGGCUCGCGCUGUUGCGCCCGCACGUCUCGCGUGGGGCCCAUGUGUUGGUGCCGCUGUGGGCACUGUCACUGCCGUACGGCCCGCGGCUAGCCCUGCCGAUGCCAGGCGGCUCCCUGCACAUCCUGCCGGGCGGCCUGGCGUUGGUGCUGGCGCGGCCCCCUGCCCCUGUCACUCGGGAUGCCCGCAGCAGGAAGAAGCGCGCUGCCGCACGUGCAUCGCAGGGCGCCCAUUCCUUGGCGCCGCUGCCGUACCUGGUGCUGGCCGUGAGCCUGGAGACGGGCACCGUCGUGGGCAGCUGGGCCCUGCCGCAGGGCGCGAAGUGGUCCGCGGUCUGCGGCGGGGACCGCUGGCUGCUGGCCUUGGGCAGCGCAGAGCUCCCCGAGGGCGGUGGCCGCACCAGCAGGGCGGACACGUCGGUCUGGCGCUUCCCGAUGCCGCGCGAGCUUGCGCCGCCGGCGGCCCCCGCGCCCGAGGCGGCGUCGGCCUGA